GUGGGGGAUCCCGGGACGGGGUGGUCAGGGACAAAGAGCGGGAGGGGUUGGAUGGGUGACAGGGCAGAGAGGAGUCCCCAGCUGCUCCAGCUCCCAGAGACUCGGACCACUUGGCGAAGCGAGCGGGAGUCAGGGGAGGCUCAAUGGCAGGCCUGGGUCUGGAUUUCUGGCUGCCACGCGCUGCAGAUAGCUGGGCUCCCGCACGACGUGUCCCCCACCACCUCCCUGGGCUCUCGGGCCCCUGCCAGGCCUGGGGCAGCUUUGGUGGUAGGGUGCUGCCCAAAUGCAGAGGCUGGACCAUGCUGGGCAGGAGGCAGCAUUGGUUCCUGGUGGACGAGCAUCCUGACCAGUGAGUGCUUCUUGCUCCAGGUCACCCCCCCUCAGCCUGGGACCCGCGGAGCAACUGGUGUCCCUUCACCCCAUCCCCCCACCAACGCCCCUGGGGGAGACCCAACACCUUCUGCCCCAUGGCCCCCACCAGCACCCACCCAUGGGAGAGGCCCAUGUGUCCCUUGCUCCAUCUCCCCCCCUCCAGCGCUCCUGAUCCAGUUUGGUCAAGCUGCAGCCAGGUGUGGCCCGGCUCGGUUUGGAGAACAGGAGCAGAUUGACAGCAGGGGGUGGCUCUGGGCUGGGAGGCCCGAGAGUUGUCUGGCUCCAGAUUCGGGGCGGGGAGGACUCUGGUUCAGGAGGAGCCCUGUUCUGGGAGGCGGUGGGGAGGUUCAGGUCGAGAGGGAUCGGUUCAUAGAGGGGUCUGGUCCAGUUUGGGCUGGAAGGGGGGAGAGUCUGGUCCAGUUUGGGGGCUUUGGUCUGCAGAGGGAUGCGGGUCUGGUCCAGUUUGGGGGCUUUGGUCUGCAGAGGGAUGCGGGUCUGGUCCAGUUUGGGGGGUUCAGUCUGGGGAAGGAUGCAGGUCUGGUCCAGUUUAGCCUGGGGAGGGUCGUGGGUCUGGUUCGAUUUGGAGGGUUGGCCCGGUCUUUUGGGGGCACAGCUGGUCCUGAUCCUAGUCUCUGUGCCUCUCUGCCUGGAGGGAAGGAGGGACUGGCAAGACUAGUAUGAAUAAUGAUGCUGUAAAUAAAAUGUAUUAAAAAUAUGAAAUUUUUUUAUUGUUAAACUGUUUUAAACUGUUGUUUAAAUCAGCCUUAAUUUCAUACAAUGAUGUAAUUCAAGCCCUGGUAGUUCAUGAAGGACGAGCUGGUGAGCGGGUCCCUGUUAGUGGGAGCAGCGCGCUGCUGGUGGUUUGUCCAGCUUUGGCUUUUGUUCACUCCUUGUACCCUCUGUGUUUUAUUCUGUAUUUUUUUCUUUUAGAAUUUAUUCUAUGUGCACUUGUGUGUAUUGUUUUGCCCAUGGGCUGCCAGUGCUGGUACCCUAACGGCAGCCACCUCCAUCUGCAACGUAACCUUGUAAAUACUGUAAAUAAAACCCGUGCAGCUGCGUGCUGUGUC